AUGGCGGGGGCGUCGCAUCUGACGAGGAAUGUGGAAGAGGUUGGGCCGGAGGAGACACUGAUUGUCUUUUUUGAGGAUAAAGAUGUGGCGGAGGCGUUGGCUGGUUAUGAGAACUAUUUGGCGGGGAGGCUGGUGAUUGACAAACCCAUAUAUAAAGGGUCCCUACAAAGUGCCAUUGAUAAUAUUUGGUGUAGUCCAGAUAAGUUCCAGGUGGAAGAAGUGAGGGUGACGACUUAUGUUUUCCACUUGAAGGAGGAUAAGGAUAUCAAACACAUUCUUCAAGGCAGUCCGUGGAUUUUUCAGAAUUCAUGUUAUUUGGUGCAACCGUGGAACAGGCACAUUGGCUGUGUGGACAUGAGCUUUAAGAAUUCUACGGUGUGGGUGCAAUUGUGGGGACUUCCAGCGCAUUGUCGUACUAAGAAGAUGAGUAUGAAGGUUGGGGCUCACAUUGGCAAGGUACUGGAUGUAGACAUUUUUUAG